AAAAGAUCAGCAAAGCGGAAGAACCAAAUGCUUACGUGUUAAACAGUGAUUGGUAAACGACCUUUUCUUCUCGAUUCUUUGCUCUCUUCUCUCUCUCCUUUGCUCUGAUUCGUUUCGUCCUCGAUGAGAAAAGCUCCGUCUUUUACUUUCAGAAGUCAAAAGGGUUUUCUCGUCACUUCUCCAAAGACUUUUUCUCUGUGAUUUUUUUUGCUCGCUUUCUCCUUGUUUCUAACCUCUGCUUUACUCGUGACUUCGCUAGAAAAUUCUAAAGUUUCAUUAGCUGUUAAUGUAGCUGUAAAGUCUCGACCUUUCGAUAUUAAUCUCUCUGAAUCGUAGCAAAGUUUGUAGCUUUAGUGUUAGAUCUGUGAAUCCCACUAGCAUUCUCUCAUUUUUUUCGGUUAGAAACGGUUUAAUGUCGGUUCCACCUCGAUUCCGGUCUGCUGAUUCCGGCGAGAGAGACUUCCGUUCGGUUCUUGGUCCGACCGGGAACAAGCUUCAGAGGAAACCACCGGGGAUGAAGCUGGAGAACAAGAAGAUGAGCAUCAUCGAGUCAAAAGACGAGAAGACGAAGAAAGCAGAUACUCCUGCUUCACCAACGACGACUCUGAAGCAAUGCUCGUCGCUUUGCUCUUCGCUUCUGAGAAAGAACAGUGCCUCCAUGACUGCUUCUUAUUCCUCUGACGCCUCGUCUUCUUGUGAGUCGUCGCAUUUGAGCGUGGCGUCUUCUUCGAGGAGUAAGAAGGGUGUGAGGAGAAGUGGGUCUGUCUCAUCAAAUGGUACGUGUGUGGGGGUGAGAAGGAAGCAGGUUGAUGAGAAAGAUGCUGCUGCUACUGCUGCCAAUAAUGGUGAAUGCUUCGCUGAUGGUCGGAGAAGAUGUGCCUGGAUCACGCCUACGUCUGACCCUUGUUAUGUUACUUUCCACGACGAAGAAUGGGGAGUUCCUAUUCAUGAAGACAAGAAGCUUUUCGAGUUAUUAUGUCUCUCUGGUGCUCUAGCUGAACUCUCUUGGACCGACAUUCUCUCCAGAAGGCAAUUACUCAGGGAAGUUUUCAUGGAUUUCGACCCAGUUGCUGUUUCUGAACUGAACGAGAAGAAGGUAAUCUCUGCCAUCUCCUUACUUUCAGAGGUCAAGCUACGGUCAAUCCUUGAUAACGCACGCCAGGUGCGCAAGAUUAUAGCUGAACAUGGAUCAUUUAAGAAGUACAUGUGGAACUUUGUGAGCAACAAGCCAACACAGAGCCAGUUCAGGUAUCAAAGACAAGUCCCUGUGAAGACAUCAAAGGCUGAGUUUAUAAGCAAAGAUCUUGUACGCAGAGGCUUUCGCAGCGUGAGUCCAACGGUUAUUUACUCUUUCAUGCAAGCCGCUGGUCUUACAAACGACCACCUCAUAGGCUGCUUCAGAUACCAAGACUGUUGCGUAGAUGGAGAGACAACAACCAAGGCCAAGAAGAUUGAACGUGAGUGAGAAAUAAAUUUUAAGUGCAGUUCUGAAAGCUAAUUGACGUGUUUGAGUACCAUGUUUUUGCUUCCAAAGAUUGUUUGACACAACGAGAUUUUGCUACCGUAACGUGAAGUGAUCUUGUGUUAGCUUUGUAUAGAUGUUUUUGGUUAUUGGUUUAUGCGUAGUAGAAUGUUGCGAGAAGCUUUUCUUAGACCAUGACAUGUUUAUGGAAUGCAAAUAAGCAAG